AUGGAGACAGUUGCCUCCGCGAUCCUCGGCGACCUCAUCAGCCGAUCCGUAUCCUUCGCCCUGGACAGGUGCUGCAACCGGUGGCGCAAGGCCGGCAGCAUCGAGGACGCGCCGCAACAGCUACGCCGCGUGCUUCUACGACUUCAAGCCGUCGUCGAGGAGGGCGACAGGCGGCGCGUCACCAACCAGGCGAUGCUCCGGCAGCUUCAGCUGAUGAGGGAAGGCGUGUACAGAGGCUACUACCUGCUCAGCGCCAUCAAGCGCCAAGGCGUUCACGAGGUUAGCAGUCUUCGUGAUCGCUCGUCGUUCGACUUGUCCCUCUUCAAUCCGGCGAAGCGCUUGUGCACUGUCUCGGCCAGGACGACGCCGGCGACCAUGUCGCCUGAAGACACCGGACGGGGGAGGGAGGGGGAGGCGAAAGCGAAGGCGGAGCUGCAGGAGGUGCUCACCGGCCUAGAACGCAUGGCCAGCGACAUGAACGAGCUCGUCGUGUUCCUGAGCUGCUACCCUCCGGUGCUCCGCGAGCCUUACAGCGGGCACCUGUGGCUGGAGAACCGCAUGUUCGGCCGCGAGGCAGAGCAGGAGAAGAUCAUCCGCUUCUUGCUGGGACCAGAGCCUGCAGGCGCAGAAAAUCCGGACGUGCUUCCAGUGAUCGGUCGACCAAGAGUUGGCAAGAGCACCCUCGUCGAGCACGUCUGCUUGGACGAGAGGGUGCGCGGGUACUUCUCCCUGAUCGUCUUCCUCAGCCAAGGCGACAUCGAGGACGCAACACUAUCGCCUCAUCUGGAAGACAGCGGCACAAUCAAGUACCGGGAUCUCGACCCGGCUGGGAAAUCGCUGGUUGUUAUCGAGCUAGUUGGGGACGUGGACGAGCACACAUGGUGGGGAAGAACACUGUCUGCACUGCGAGGACGACGCACCACGCCGGUCAGCAAAAUUAUCGUCACAAGUCGAUCCGAGAAGAUCGCAAGCUUUGGAACGGCACGAGCUCUCGAGCUGAAACCUCUGCCUCGAGAAGCCUACUGGUACUUCUUCAAGACGAUCGCGUUCGGGAGCGCUGAUCCAGAGGAUCAGCCGGAGCUAGCAUCUGUGUGCAUGGAGAUGGCGGACCUGCUGAAUCGAUGCCUCAUAGGAGCCAAUUUGUUAGGUGGCUUGCUGAGAGCCAACCCUUGUUCUCAGUUUUGGAAAAGGGUUCUCAGCGUCUUCAGACACUACGUAAGAAUGCACCUCCUUCGCUUUGGCGAGCAUCUGUCCGAUCUCCUGCUGAUGAAUAGUCGACCGAUAUACCUUUGGAGAUUAUCCAAGACUGAUGAUACCGUUCUCACGGCAAACCAUACUUACCAAGCGUGUUCAUCCCAGGAGCAUGAUCUGCCCAAGAUAACCCUGAACGAGCUGCAGGUUGGAAGCGCAAGGCCUCGAGGGAAGUUUGAGGUCAUGUGUUGGAGGUCUCCCAUACCACCCUACUACAGCUACUUGAUGAGUUGUGAGGUGAAGACAUCGCCGUCGUUCCUCCGUGUGCCGCCCAUGAACAAGCAAAUCCAGCACCGGCGGCAGCCACGACUGAAUUCGGUGUGA